ACGAGCACGUCGUCACGAAUCAUGACCAGCACGUCCCCGACUCCCCCUGACCUCUCCACCCUUUCAAUCUCCCCGCAGGCACAAAGUCUUCACGACAACCCUUACGACUACAAUGCCCUCCAGUCAGGCCAGAACCAGAGACAGCAGCCCUUCCACUUCUCCACGAGCCCAGCCAUCCCUGGUCAGAUGCCAUACAACCCGCUCGGCCUGGGUCAGUCCCCGCUCAAGAAUAAGCCGACUGCGCGGGCGGGUCUACCCGCGCAAUGGAUUGACAGCCAGGUCUUGAACGACUCGCGCUCCAUGUCGCCUCCAAGCAAUUCGGACAUCUCUUCGGGUGGUUCGCCGCCGCUCCACCAGAUGCAGGUUCCCAUGCAACAGCAGCAGCAGGCACUGCCCACGGGCAAUCCCGAGGACGAGAUCAUACCCACCGCAAUUGUCAUCAAAAACAUCCCGUUCAACGUUAAAAGGGAAACUUUACUGGACAUCAUUGCGUCGCUUUCGAUUCCGACGCCUUAUGCAUUUAAUUAUCAUCUAGAUGCCCAAGGCGCGUUCCGUGGGCUCGCAUUUGCUAACUUCCGCCAGCCGCAGGAUGCCGAUGCAGUCGUUGCUGCACUCAAUGGCUUCGACGUCCAGGGUCGGAAGCUUCGUGUUGAGUACAAGAAGGUCCUCCAGGCUGGUGAGAAGGAGCGCAUCGAGCGUGAAAAGGCACUUCGCCGCAUGCGUUCCAUGCAGCUUGAGAAGGAACAACAAGCUAUGCAGCAACAGCAGGUUCCUUCACUCAACGAUUUUGGAGCGGUUGGCGGCGGAAUGUACGGCACUCCGCGUUCGGUCUCUAGUCCGUAUACGAACCCGUAUCAGCACCAAGAGAACAACUCGCCGCCUAUGCCGGUUCCGCAACCGUAUGGAGUCGGAUCGCCGGUCGCGCCCCCGCCUCCAACAACUCCAUCAACUAGAGGUUCUUCUAAUGAGCUUGACCUUAAUGACGCUUCUACGCUGGAGAUCUACUCCCGCAUUCUUUUGUUUAAGGAUGACCCAAUGCGUGAUGAGCUAGCGUUUUCAAGGACGCUCAGCCCAAAGCAGCGUCGCGUCGUGCAUCUGGUAGCACAAAAGCUAGGUGUCUUUCAUUACUCCGUCGGGGAAGGCGAGGAGCGCUAUGCGGUUGUUACGAGGAUUGAUCCGGAAAGGGUCAAUCACAACAUGCAGGCGGAGCCGCGACGUACCCUUUCGCGUGCGCCGUCUACAUACAACAUGACGGCACCGCAAGUGUCGGCGAGCUCGCUGCGCUCGAAGAAGUCCAUGCCUGACAUGAAGACGCUGCACACUCAGGCACCAAGGCUGCAUUCCCGUGCGUCGAAUGGAAACCUUGGCGAAAGGUAUAACACUAUUGCUUCGCCUUCUCGGCGUUCACCAGGCAGCACCUUCGGUUCGAUCUUCGGGAACAGUGCUUUCUCGAGUUCUGGUGUUCCCCCGGUUCCGAGUCUCCCUAGCACUCUGUCUACGCCGUUGAACUUGAACGGUAACGGGACGAUCCGUGAGAAUGAGGUGUCGAGCAGUAAUGUCGUACGCCAGCCGCGUGGUCCAUCGGCUGGAAGCGGAUUUAUGAGUCGUCGCGACCGCAUAUCGGCGAGCGAGAGCGCAACUCAAGGCUUGGAGGCGCGCUCUCACGAGCCGCUUGAAAUCUAGUGAAAUUCGAUAUGAAGGUCAAAGUCCAAUCGGUAUAAUGGUAACGUAACUAUUCUUGACACGGGCUUCGUGCUGCGGAAAAGAUAUAGGUGGAGGGGAGGUUACUGGCUGACCUUCACAUCCCGCUCAUAAUAAUUGAACCUUUCGGCAACGUCAAACAUAGUUUGUUCACCUAAAUCUCUCGCAAAUUAUUCUUGGAUGCUCCGAUGCCCGUAUAUUGCCGGCCCGCUCUCAUCAUCGUCCCUUGUCCCAUGUUUUUCUCUCGUCCAUCUUCUCAUCUUUUCUCAUCCGUCGUAUAUUUUCUCACCAGGAAGCAGUUAUUACAUAUAGUGCCCACCGUUUUACAACAUGCGCAAGAAAACAGUUAUGAAUUUGUGACUUUAUGGCCAUCUUCACAUUUUUGCCCCCUUGUACCUUACUUGACAAGAUUUAAGUCCAGUUGAUAUUAGUUGACC